AUGGUUCUCUACCGCGUCCGUGUGUCCACUGGGUCCUCGAUCUACUCGGGCUCCUGCAACGAGGUGCAGCUGUGGCUGGUCGGCCAGCACGGGGAAGCUUCACUCGGGAAGUGUCUGCGGCCGUCGAAGGGCAAGGAGGAGGAGUUGGAGGUGGACGUGAAGGUGUACCUGGGGCCACUGCUGUUCGUGAAAAUACGCAAGCAGCACUUCUUAAAGGAUGACAACUGGUUUUGCAACUGGAUCUCCGUGCAGGGUCCCGGGGCCGGUGGGGACGAGUUCAGGUUCCCCUGUUACCGCUGGGUGGUGGGCAAUGGCGUCCAGAGCCUCCCCGAGGGCACUGGCCGUACAUUGGCAGAGGACCCUCAUGGGCUGUUCAAGAAAUACAGGGAGGAGGAGCUGAAAGACAGAAAGAUGCUGUACCGAUGGGGUACCUGGAAGGAAGGGGUGAUCCUGAAUGUGGCCGCGGCCAGUUUAUCUGACCUCCCAGUAGAUGAGAGAUUUCUGGGGGACAAGAGAUGUGACUAUGAGACUUCGGUGGCCAAGGGGAUCGCCGAAGUAGCUGUCAAAGACUCGCUAAACGUCCUCGUUAAGUGGAACGACCUGGAUGACUUCGACAGGGUUUUCUGGUGUGGCCGUAGCAAGCUGUCUGUGCAGGCGCGGAACUCCUGGAAGGAGGAUGCCUUGUUUGGGUAUCAGUUCCUCAAUGGGGCCCACCCCAUGCUGCUAAGGCGCUCCCGUCACCUUCCCGCCCGCCUCCUGUUUCCGCCCGGGAUGGAGGAGCUGCAGGCUCAGCUGCAGAUGGCGCUCCAGGGAGGCACACUGUUUGAAGCCGACUUCUCCCUGCUGGAUGGGAUCAAGGCUAACGUCAUCCAGUGUGAACAGCAGUACGUGGCGGCCCCUCUGGUGAUGCUGAAACUGCACCCUGAUGGGAAACUCUUGCCCUUGGUCAUCCAGCUCCAACUGCCGAGCGAAGAAUUGCCCCUACCACCACUUUUCCUGCCCACCGAUCCCCCGAUGGCCUGGCUCCUGGCCAAGUGCUGGGUCCGUAACUCUGACCUCUAUCUUCAUGAGCUGCAGUCUCAUUUUCUGAAGACACAUUUGGUGCCGGAAGUUAUUGCUGUGGCCACCAUGAGAUGCCUUCCUUCAAUACAUCCUCUCUUCAAGCUGAUAAUCCCCCACCUGCAAUACACCAUGGAAAUUAACGUGCGGGCCAGGACUACGCUGCUCUCUGGCAAGGGCAUUUUUAACAAGGUGGCGAACAUUGGUGGGGGAGGCCACGUGGAUCUGCUUAGGCGAGCCGGAGCCUUAAUAACCUACAGCUCGUUAUGUCCUCCUCAUGACCUGGCUGAUCGGGGGCUUCUGGGAGUCAAGUCUUCCUUCUAUGCCCACGAUGCCCUGCGGCUCUGGGAAAUCAUCUCUCGCUACGUGCAGGGAACUGUGAAUCUUCAUUAUGAAACGGAUGAGGCAGUGAAACAGGAUGUGGAGCUGCAGACCUGGUGUCGCGAGAUCACUGAGGUCGGGCUGCAAGCGGCCCCGGACCAAGGGUUUCCCACCUCCUUGGAGUCCCAGGGCCAGCUUUGCCACUUUGUCACCAUGUGCAUCUUUACCUGCACUGGCCAGCACUCCUCAGUCCACCUGGGCCAGCUGGAUUGGUAUGCUUGGGUCCCGAACGCACCGGGCACAAUGCGCCAGCCCCCACCCACCACCAAGGAUGUGACCAUGGAGACGGUGAUGGCAACACUGCCCAACUUUCAUCAGGCUUCUCGCCAGACGUUCAUCACUUGGGUCCUGGGCAGACGCCAGCCCGUUAUGGUGGCUCUGGGCCAGCACAAGGAGGAGUAUUUUUCUGACGCUGAGCACAAAGCUGUGCUGACCAAGUUCAGGGAGGAGCUGGCUGCCCUGGACGAGGAGAUUGGGGUCCGGAACGCGAAGCUGGACAUGCCCUACGACUACCUGCAGCCCCGCAUGGUGGAAAACAGCGUGACCAUAUGAGCACCUCCGGCUUCUGGUUGUCUCUGCCCCACUUCCACCCAACCCGCUACCCCGUCUCCUGGUGCUCUAGGUUUCACCCACUAUCGCUCCCCUUUCUACCUCCACCUUCCCUAGAGAGUCACCUUUCCUUUGAGUAUGGCCACAGUGAAUAAAUCUU